CGCGAUAUGCUGGUUCACGUGUGGUGGCGGUUUCAGUGAGUGGCGGGGUUGCAGAAGGGGCGGAACAUACGUACAAAUUCCAUCAUGGAUAACGCCGACACCGAUGACAGCGACAGCACCCGGUACUCCGGCGACAGCCUAGACGUUUUAAACACCGAGGAGAGCGACUACGACUGCGCCAAAACAUCGAGCAGGACGAACGGCAACAAAUUCUCGAUCGACAACAUCCUGGGACUGAACAAAAGUCCAUUACGCUCCGACGACGCCGACUAUGACAGCGACGCGAGGACGCGGUUCGUCAAACCCACUCCGGUCAGUGCGGCCUCGCGAACAGGAAAUCUGUACCAAUCCCUGUUGGGGCUUCAGUAUUAUUCAAAUCCGAGUCGGAGCCAGUCGGACCAAGCCAGUCACGAGGGCGGCAAUCAGGCGGGUCUCGGUUUUUUGCCGUUCCAGCUUCAGAGCAAUCCGGGCAAUCCUGUGAUGUAUUCCGGUUGGAUGGCGAACGCGAGCGACAGCAAAGCACCUAGUCAAAUGUUCGGGCUUCAAGGGCCCAAGCCCGCCAGCAGGCGUUCGAGAAAGCCGGGACUCGAUCGGAAACCUCGGCAGGCUUACAGCGCGAAGCAGCUCGAAAGACUCGAGGGGGAAUUCAAAGUCGACAAGUACUUGAGCGUCAGCAAACGCAUGGAGCUGUCCAAGGCGCUCGGCCUUACCGAGGUGCAGAUCAAGACUUGGUUUCAGAACCGCAGAACGAAGUGGAAGAAGCAGUUGACCACGAGAUUGAAGAUGGCUCAGCGUCAGGGCCUUUUUGCGCCGCAAUUUUUCGCACCGGCGGCCGCGGCUACGCAACAGUAUUCCUCGCUAUUCCCGGCGUAUUACCCGCCCUUGGUGUUCGGGGUACCUACGAUAGAGGAGGCGUCGGUGGCGGCGCAGCAGGACACGACGCGACGGACAUCGCUGGCAGGGACGUAACCCCCUUGGCGCGUCGUCGUUGUUAAGUUUGUUUUGCCUGGUUAUUUAUUGUUAGUUUCUUUUUGGUG